AUUUCCCCGAAGCGUUAUGAUGAUUGUUUACAGCGUUUCUUCACAGAAACGAGGAACUAUACAGUGUGAAUAGGAUAGGGAUAUAACACACUGUGUGUAACGUUAAAGGUGAUUUGGACAGCUCUGACCCAUCGAGGCAUGGACUACACAAGACCUAUGAAGGUGUGCUGUUGUAUCUGGCACCAAGACGUUCGCAGCAGAAAACUUUUGGGUCACGGGGAACCUGGAGCCUAUCCCAGGGCGCAUCGGGCACAAGGCGGGGUACACCAUGGACAGGGUGCCAGUCCAUCGCAGGUUAAUGCCUGGAGUGAUGUGAUCGUGGUGAAAGAAGGCGCAGACGUCACCCUGCGCUGCUCUGAGGAACUCCACGUAAUCCCCAGGCAGGUCAAAUGCAUGAUGAUGCCAGCCGAGGGGACACCAUGGACGAUGCUGUUCUCAGUGAACAUUAGCAGAGGGAAAGCGGACAGGGAGAAAAUCAUACACCAUCAGGCAGGCAGAAUUCUGGAGAUAUCUGAUCAUGUCUUCUUGCGAUUUACCGCGACAAUGCAUAGUGUAGGACGCUACUCUUGCCUGCUGAACAAGGGGGACAGGACGUUCAAUGAGAGGAUUGUUCUUCUGGCUAUUAUUAAAUUGUCCUUAGCUCCAGCUACUGUCAUUCCCAUUGACAGUACCGCGAGGUUGAAAGCUGAAGUAUCUCCCUCCUAUGCCGUAGCGGGUGGGACGUGGCUCUCACGCACCGGUUCCCCGUUACUCACGGACAUGUCCUCGGCAGGCACCCUGCUCACCAAACUGCCCCGUUUCACCUCCAGAGACAGCGGCACGUACACCUGCAACAUUACGGUGGACGGCCGAAGCGGCAAACCUGUCUACAGCUACACACUCAGUGUGACAGUGUCUGAUAAGGACGUGGCACAGUUCCCAAAUAUUACAUAUGGACCACUGUACAGUCUGGCAGCUCUGUCUCUGUCAGCUGUUACACUCCCAUGCGCCGACAUCAGUGGUGACUACGUCCUGCUCUACUGGUGGCCUCCUGAUUCACCAGACGCAAAGCCAAAGCUGAUCUUCCAGUUUGACCGGUGGAGGGAUUCCAGGACGCAGUCUGAUUUCUUUGUCGAAUUGCACAACCACUCCUCUGUGCUUUCUGGGAACUUCUCCUUCCUUCUGAGGCCGGAGUUGAAAGACGCAGGACGCUAUCAGUGCGAGGUCUUCAGGGAUGACCAAGUUUUUGCCCAGAUCACAGUACUGACUGUUUUAAAUGGCUAUAGCACACGCUCCUCUUCCUCCAUAGAGCUGAACUGUGCGUAUGCCGAGCGUUCUCAGAUAAAUUCUGUAAAAUGGUCGCACAUCCAGAGGCCUAAGCUCCGGCUGCCUGCGAGUGCAGUUCUGGGUCGGAUGAUCAUCUCAAUAGAUCUCCCACUAACCCCAGUUACAGCCGGCCAGUAUGCCUGCACUCUGAAACUAAACAACGGCCAAACAAUCAGAUAUCUGUACACUGCCUUGAUGCCUUCUACAGAGCCACCUUGCUGUGUGAGUGAGCUGCCUCAUGAAUUAACCACCGUCUCUCUACUGCAGCCUACUGACGGUUACAGUCCACCUGAGCUAUCCGUUCUUCUCCAAUCUCUCUCUCUUCUCCUCUUUUUGGUACCCGUGGUUGCUGUUGCUGUCGGAGUGUUGCUAUGGAGACGAGGACCUUGCACCUUCCCUCAGAAUGUGGAGCGUACUCUGUCUCACUACUCUGGUGAAGUGGAGAACAUCUAUGAAAAUCCUGAGGACCUGAGACAGUCCCCGCCACAAAAUGCAGUAUAUAUGGAUCUGAAGCUCACGGGCGAGACGGAUGUUUAUAGGGAAUUAGACAGAUAUGACCAGAGCUGUGGUUAAGUUUGCGCACUCGGAUGAAUAUAAGGUGCCAUUGAAAAUGUAUAUUGUGCUGUCAUGUAAUGGUUAAUGUUUAUCACUGAAGACGUGUACAUAAUGUUGCUUAAUGGUGAGAACUGAUCAAUCAUAAUAAAUCAUCAUGGUGGGUUUUGAA